CUAUUAUUUACAGGCCACGAAACCGUCGACGUAGACUGUGUCGAGUUGGCGAAAUAUGUGACACAUCAGACCACUGGAGGUAUUGAAGUGACAACCAAGGAUGUCCAUCAGUUAAGCAGCUCUAACUUUCUAUAUUACGAUGGCGCCAAUAACUUAUGAUCUAAGAAUAGUUGUGAUUUUAUUCCUGUUUUGUUGCCGAUCUAUGGCCAGUGGAACAGCUUUAACCUUUGAACUGCCAGAAACUGAAAAGGUGUGCUUCACCGAAAAAUUUCGGGAUUCGACAUCAAAACUGCUGGUUUAUAAAGUUUUACGAGGUGGAAAUAACGAUAUAAAUGUUUGGAUCCUGUCGCCGAAUGGGAAGGUGGUGUACAACGCUGACCGCAAAACAGAGGAUAAGGUUCUGUUUGACAGCUCCUACGGGGAAUACCAGAUCUGUUUCGACAACGAGUUCUCUCCCUUUUCGCACAAGGUUGUCUACUUCGACUUGCGCAAAGAGCAGAUAGACAACUUAGCUGUAGAAGCGGGUAACACCGUCCCUACGGUGAAGACCGCCGCCGAGUCGUCAUGCGAGAACAUACAUGAAGUGAUGACGAUGGUGGUAGACUAUCAGAGGGACUAUAGACUUAAGGAGGUGAUGGGGCGUUACAUAGGGGAGGUAAUCAAUGCUGGAGUCAUGUGGUGGUCUGUUGGUCAGACAAUCAUUGUGAUGGUCAUUGGCUUCGGACAGGUAUUUAUACUAAAGACGUUCUUCACGGAACGAAGUUCUAAAACAUCCAUAUAGAUAUCACUUGUGUACACCAGAACGGAAUAAGAGGAACAUUUACAAACCAUCCGUAAUAGACGUGUUUAACGAACGUAUUGAAAAUAAUAUUUUUACAUCUUCAUGCAUCUUUUCCAUUGUGUCUAGUCGAUGUUCAACUGUAACUUGUACAUUUAUACAUUACUGGUGUACAUGUCGUUGUAGUAGUGUUUCUGACGUCGCCGGGUGGGCAGUAUCCACUAAUCAAUGGACAAUUGGAGUGAAAUCUAAAUAAACUAAUCGAUGAAUCGACAAACGC